AUUUUUCUGAAGGAGGGAGCAAAUAGUGAAAUAGUUAAUUAUUGGUUUCAACGGAAUGGAUUACGAUUACCCUUCCAAAAAGCCUAAACGCUUACUUACCAAUAUUGAUGACCUUAACGACGACUGUUUGGCUUCCGUUUUCCGGUUACUUGGCACCGUCGAUCGCAACAGUUGUUCGCUUGUGUGUCGGCGGUGGUUGAAGGUGGACGGAGACAACCGUCACUCGCUCUCCCUCAUCGCCGAAUCAGAUCUCUCUGGCUUCAUCCCCUCUCUUUUCCUUCGCUUCAAUACCGUCACCGAAGUCAUUCUCAGAUAUGUCGGCUACGAAGAAGAAGAAGAGACCAUCAACGCCCAAACCGUCAUCCAUAUCUCCCAACUCUGCCCUAAUCUCACGCGCCUCGAAGUCCACGCUCCCUGCUUUCUCACCGACCAAUACCUUGAACUCCUCGCUAGGAAUUGCAAGGCUUUGAAGAAGAUUAAGUUAAGGUCCUACUUUUCGGAAGGCAGAGGCAUGCACGCAUUUAUGCAUCACUGCAAGGAUCUGGAAGACCUCUCCAUAGACGGUUUUCGUGGAACAGAAAACGAGUGGGCUGUUGCACCGCGAAAGCCGAAACUCAGAGCCAUUUCUCUCAAGGACACAGUUUUAUUCUAUCCUUUUAUCGGCGCCAAGAAUCUGCGGGUAUUGAAGCUUGUUCGGUGCGACGGGGACUGGGAUAGGCUUUUUCAUGUGUUGACGAAUGAGGUUACUGGCAUAGUGGAACUCCACCUCGUCUUGCUAGAAAUCAGCGAUAUUGGUUUGGAAGCGAUUGCAAAAUGUUCGAAUUUAGAAGUUCUCCAUCUGAUAAGAUCACCUAAGUGCAGCGACGAAGGACUGGUUGCAGUGGCAAAAGGUUGCAACAAGAGUUUAAGAAAACUGCGUGUUGGGUGGGACAUGCAGGAAAUAGGUAGCAUAGGUUUGAUGGGUGUUGCUGAGUAUUGUGUUAAUCUUAAACAACUGGUUAUGAUUGGGUUGAAUCCGAGCAAAGAGUGUUUUGAAAUGUUGGUUUCAAAUUGCGAGGGUUUGGAGCAAUUAGGUGUGUGUGGAAGUGAGACGGUUGGUGACAGUGAGAUGAAUUGCAUGGCGGAGAAAUGUGAAGCUCUGAGAGAAGUGUACAUGGAGGAUUGCCCUAUUUCUGAUGAGGGGGUGUGGGCGUUGUUGUUGGGUGGGGGGUGUCCGAAGUUGGAGAUAGUGGAGGUUUGGAAGUGUGAAGGGGUGAGAGACAGGGAUUUGGAAGAGGUGGAGUGUGGGCAGAGAACAGUGCGUGUAAAAUGCACCCUCCAAUCCUUGCCGGAGAUUCCCAGCCCUAUAAUACCAGAUCCAUUUGCAGAGGUCACCCAAACAUCGGACUGGUGUAUCAAUUAAAAAGGAUAAAAUUAGGUGAUCUGUGAUGAUAAUUGAGUGCUGAUUUGUGGGAUACAACAAUUAUUUCACCUCACUGGAAUGUGAAGAUUUGAGGGUGAUAGUUCCUAUUUUACCACUUUAACCUUGACAUGCGUCUCUGUGCUUGUUCGUAUAAAUUUUUUGAAAGUUUGGGUGCUGUACAUUUGAAAUGUAAUUUUGUGUUGUGUGAUUGAAGGUUUAGGUGAGUAGUGUUGUGUUAUUGUGUAUGAACAAGUGUUGAUUAUCAUUGAGUGUGUAAAUCAGUGUGUAUGAAAUAAGGUGAUGAGUGUAUGUACAGGUUGGUUACAUAACUGAUGUUGUGUGUGAGUGUGUGUAUCUGGUACUUUUGGUGCGGUGUUGUUUAAGUUGUGCACCGGUGGUAACCGGUGUUGGUGC